UCUUUCGAGUGCCUGCAUCACCCGAAGGGGCCGAGCGUUAUACGCCCAAGUAGAAGUAACCUUAAACUCAAAGCGCCAAGUUACUCCUCGACAACAUCGCAAUGGACAACGAUUCCAAGUCGAACUCGACUGCGACAGCAGUAGAAGAAGCAGAAGCGAAGAGACCCUCAGGCGUCCAAGCUACAGUUGCCGGCGGUGUGGCAGGAUUGACUUCGCGUUUCGUCAUUGCACCCCUCGACGUAGUCAAGAUCCGUCUUCAACUACAAACACAUGCCGCUACUGGUGUCGCAUCCGAAGCAGGCCCGUCAUAUCGAGGGAUCACGCAUGCACUCAGAACGAUACUGCGAGAGGAAGGCAUUUCCGGACUAUGGAAGGGCAACAUCCCCGCCGAAAUGCUUUACCUUACAUAUGGUGCGGUGCAAUUUCUUACAUAUCGCGAAACAACAGCAUACAUGUCCGAAAACACGUCAAAUUACCUCCCAAAAACAGCACAAACGUUCAUCUCUGGCGGAAUAGCAGGAAGUCUUGCAACAAUAACCACCUACCCUCUCGAUCUGCUACGCACACGCUUCGCAGUGACGGGACAAAGUAAAGUAUACCAGGGUCUAUGGCAUUCACUACGGCAUAUACAUGAUCAUGAGGGGAUCAGGGGCUUUUAUCGCGGUUCAACGGCAGCGGUAAUACAGAUAUUCCCCUAUAUGGGACUCAUGUUCGGAACGUACGAGGCGUUCAAAGCAUCAUUGCACCGUGCCGGCCUUCCAAAUGGCUGGGAUGAUGCAGCGGCAGGCACAAUUGCCGGAGUAGUAUCAAAAUCAGGAGUAUUCCCACUCGAUGUCGUACGGAAACGACUACAAGUGCAAGGACCGAUGAGAGGAAAUUACCUAUAUCGAAAUAUACCCGAAUACUCUGGAAUGUGGCAGUGUGGGAAGCAGAUAUUGGCGACGGAGGGAAUGAGAGGGCUAUACAAGGGAUGGUUGGCGAGUAUUGUGAAGUCUGGGCCGAGUGCAGCGGUGACAUUGUGGACGUACUCUGCGUGUGUACGAUUGUUUGAACGGCUUGAAUAGCUACAGCUACAGAUGCAGCUAUAAAGAUCAAUUGAUAGAUGGAAGACGUGCUGGCAGUUGCUGGUGCUGUUGCGGUUGGAGAUGAAAUACGUCAUGGGCCAAGCUGCAAAGCGCGGUUAGAUAACCACAACGUUCCGUCCAAUGUUACGAAGGACAACACCAACAUACAGAUGCUCCGAAUUCUUCGCUGUGUUCGACCUUCAAUUAAUUAUCAUCACAUUCCUAUCAACAGAACUCAGAGAAUGCCAUUGGUUACCAUCAACACCUCAAUUAUCGAGUCUUUGAAGAAGGCCGGCGUUAUUCCUGAUGUUCUCGACCCCUUCGAUGCCACCGCCAUGGUCAACGUCACUUACGGCAACAA